AAUAAAAAAUCACCGUUGAAAUUGAAAACUAAGAUAUCAAAUGAGUUGAAAUUGAAGAGAUCCUUGAGAAAAGGGGUUAACAGUAAAGAUGUCAAAAAUGAGUUGAAAUUGAAGAGAUCCUUGAGAAAAGGGGUUAACAGUAAACAGAGAAUCAUCCAUGGAAGAACUAGCCGAAGGACUAUGGGGCUUAUCAGAUUAUCACGAAAAUCAAGGCGAAAUCGCAAAAUCUGUAAAAUGUCUGGAAGCAAUUUGCCAAAGCGAGGUUUCGUUUUCCCCAAUUGUCGAAGUCAAAACUCGUCUUCGAAUCGCUUCAAUCCUUCUUCAUCAUUCUCACAAUGCUAAUCACGCUAAAUCUCAUCUCGAACGUGCGCAAUUGCUUUUGAAGUCUAUACCUAGAUGUUUUGAAUUGAAGUGUAGAGCUUAUAGUUUGUUGAGUCAGUGUUAUCAACUUCUUGGAGCUAUUCUACCUCAGAAACAAGUGUUGCUUAAAGGUCUUGAACUUGCUGCUUCUGCUGGACAUGAGAUUUCAACAAAGUUGUGGUCUUGCAACUUCAAUUCACAGCUUGCAAAUGCUUUGUCAAUUGAAGGAGACUACCAGGGUUCAUUCUCUGCUUUAGAAUGUGGAUAUGACUGUGCUACAGAUGUACGCAACCCGGAGUUGCAGAUGUUCUUUGCCACUUCAAUAUUGCAUGUCCACCUCAUAAAAUGGGAUGAUACUAAUUUGGUUGAGCAAGCUGUUAAUAAAUGCAAUGAGAUUUGGGAGUCAAUUCAGCCAGAUGAAAGACAACAAUGCCCUGGCUUGCUCUUUUAUAAUGAAUUACUGCAUAUAUUCUAUCGAACGCGGCUAUGUGAUUACAAGAAUGCUGCACCCCAUGUAGACAAUCUGGAUGCUGCAAUGAAGGCUGAAAGGAAGCAAACACAACAUAUGCAAGAGCUAGUGAAGGAGCUCAGUGCUUUAGAUCAAAGUCUUUCCAGGUCUGGUCUUCACUACAGAGAAAGGGCAGCACUGUCUGAGAAGCAAGCCAUGAUUCAAGAACAGCUGACAAACAUGAAUGGGUUCAGUUCAACUGGGCGGGAAUCUCUUGAACCAGUAUAUUUUGGGAAUGGUAGAAGGACACUAGGAGAUAAGCUUCAAUUAGCACCGCCUCCUAUUGAUGGGGAAUGGCUUCCUAAAAGGGCUGUCUAUGCGCUCGUUGAUCUAAUAGUUGUUAUAUUUGGGCGCCCCAAAGGACUUUUUAAGGAGUGUGGAAAGCGCAUACAGUCUGGCAUGCGUAUAAUUCAAGGUGAGUUAGUGAAGCUUGGAAUUACUGAUCGUGUCAGAGAAGCGGACUUGCAACAAUCUUCUAUCUAUAUGGCUGGAGUAUACUUAAUGCUACUAAUUCAGUUUCUUGAAAACAAAGUGGCCAUAGAGCUCACACGGACAGAGUUCGCUGAAGCACAAGAGGCAUUGGUACAGAUGAAAAAAUGGUUCAUGCGAUUUCCGACUAUAUUACAGCCAUGUGAAUGCAUCAUUGAGAUGCUUAGAGGCCAAUAUGCUCAUUCUGUUGGCUGUUAUACCGAAGCCACCUUUCAUUAUAUUGAAGCAGUAAAGCUUACAGACAGCAAAUCAAUGAAAACUAUGUGCGAGGUUUAUGCAGCUGUUUCUUAUAUCUGCAUUGGUGAUGCUGAAUCUACUUCACAGGCACUUGAUUUGAUUAGGCCAGUUUAUGGUAUAAUGGAUUCUUUUGUAGGAGUUAGAGAGAAAACGGGUAUUCUUUUUGCUUAUGGUCUUUUAUUGAUGAAGCAGCGGGAUCUUCAAGAAGCAAGAAAUCGCUUGGCGAAUGGAUUGCAGCUGGCACAUAAUUUUUUGGGGAACCAUCAGCUUCUUUCCCAAUAUUUGACAACCCUUGGUAGUUUGGCCCUUGUAUUACAUGACACUGUACAAGCCCGGGAGAUUUUGAGAUCGUCUUUGACCUUGGCAAAGAAGCUUUCUGAUGCUCCUACUCAAGUCUGGGUGCUGUCUGUUUUGACAGCUUUAUAUAAAGAAUUAGGAGAAAAGGGAAGCCAAAUGGAGAAUGACGAGUAUAAGACAAAGAUAUCAAAAGAUUUGCAGAAGAAACUGACUAAUGCACAAGCAUCCAUUUAUCAUAUUGAAAUAAUUGACAAAGCAAGAUUUGAAGUUCAGCCGUCACAUGAGUUCAACCUCAAGCGUAAAAUGGCUGGCCAAACUGCGGGAGUCAAUCUUGAUAUUCCAGAAUCUAUUGGUCUGCCAGCAGCCUCACCUUUUCAACCAUCAAGGCUAAUCGAUAUAGAUAAUAGUAGCGGUAGAAGACGUGGAAAACGAAGAAGUUAGUGCUUUCAUUCCUUGAAGCGAACCCUGUAUACUAUUGUGAAUUAAUUUACUGGCAAUUGUUCCAAGGUGCAAGCAGGUUGAAGAGUCUCUCAGAUCAGGCUCUCUAUCAUGCAUGCAUCAUCACUGUUAAAGAUCCUGCACAGUUAAUUUAGGCUGUACUCAUAAGUUACACCGAGUAGGAUAGAUGGACGAACUCACUGGUUAACAUGUCAAGAUUGUAACAUUUGUAUCUAGAGAGAAAAAAAGUAGAAUAUGUUGUAUUAUUGUGUAGUUCAGUUAUAAUUUAUUGUGUUCAACUCGGCUAUUUAUAGUAUUUUUUAUUUAGUUUGCAGGUGUCAAAAUUGCUUUCUCAUUGCAAAAUUGUUAAACAUAUAGAAUUUCAUGUAUACCACGUUUGGAUGAAA